AUGGAGCCAGGGGCCUUGCCACCUCAUCAUCUGCUCGGAGCGUUCGAGCAUGUGAAUGUGUGUGCGCCCAUGGUGCGGUACUCCAAGCUGCCGUUUCGUGCGCUCGUAGCACAGUAUAACACCCACAUCACUACAACUCCGAUGAUCCUCGCGGCUGAAUUUAGUCGGCAUCCCCAGGCGCGCGACGCCGAAUUCAGUACAAACCAGGCGGAGCGCGGCACAUUUCGCCUGCCGUCGCAACACACAAAUCGCGAUGUCGUGUUCCGCGGCUCACUUGUGUGCCAACUGGCUGCGAGUGAGGCAGGUCCUUUAGCCGACGCCGCCGAGCUCGUGAGUCCGUUCGUCGACGGCAUUGACCUGAACUGCGGAUGCCCACAGCCAUGGGCGUAUGCGGAGCACAUCGGAUCUUAUCUACUCCGUCAGCCAGAAACAGUACGCGAUAUGGUUCGUACCGUCAAGGACCGACUGGGUCACGCUUAUUGCGUAAGCGUCAAGAUCCGCAUCGACGCAGACUUGCGGCGUACCGACACUCUCGUCCGGAAUGCUUUGCAUGCCGGUGCCUCCCUCAUUACAAUCCACGGGCGUACCAUGCACGAAUCGUCUGCAUCAGAUCCAGUCCAUCUUGACGCGGUCAAGUUUGCGGUCGACUGUGCGAAUGCAUGCGGCCUCCAAACAGCGCGUGGCACAUCGCCAAACGAUGCAUGGGUAUGGGCAGAAGAUGGCGGAUCAGGCGGGCGUGCUCCCUGCAUUGUCAACGGAGAUAUCUGGACGAAUGACGAUGCAGUCGAAUGGCGCCGAUACACUGGUGCGCGCGGUGCGAUGAGCGCACGCGGCCUGCUCGUCAACCCGGCCCUAUUCGCAGGCGAACCACGCACUCCGCCCGAGGCCAUUACUCGCUUCGUGGAUCAUGCCAUGUCUUGGGGUCUGCCCACGUCCUUCCUACACCGUCAUCUGGCCUAUAUGCUCGAGGACCGCAUGCCAAGCCGUGCCGAAUCCAUCUAUUUCAACAGUCUAGCGAGUCCAGCCAGUAUUCUGGACUGGCUGUCUGAUGCGGGGUAUGUAUGA